GGUAUCUCUCGAGUGAAAAAGCUUACCCGAAUGUGUAAAAGUGAAAAUAUUUAGAAAAAUCCAAUUUAAAACCUAGAUUUUGUCACUAAUCUAGAUAACAAUGGAGUUAAACGACGUUAUAGUCAACCAGCCUGUCGUUAUUGAUAAUGGCUCCGGAGUAAUCAAAGCCGGUUUCGCUGGUGAUCAGAUACCAAAAUGCAGGUUUCCAAACUAUAUCGGACGACCGAAACACGUCCGAGUCAUGGCCGGAGCUCUAGAAGGCGAGCUGUUCGUAGGCCCCCGCGCUGAGGAGCACCGUGGUCUGCUUAGCAUCAAGUACCCCAUGGAACAUGGUAUUGUGACUGACUGGAACGAUAUGGAGCGGGUGUGGAAUUAUAUUUAUAGUAAGGAUCAACUAUCAACAUUCGCUGAGGAGCAUCCGGUACUGCUGACGGAAGCUCCCCUCAAUCCUCGCAGGAAUAGAGAGAAGGCGGCCGAGGUGUUCUUCGAGACUUUCAACGUACCUGGCUUGUUCCUGUCCAUGCAGGCUGUGCUUAGUUUAUACGCCACAGGCCGUACAACAGGCGUAGUCCUAGACUCGGGUGACGGCGUCACCCAUUCGGUGCCGAUAUACGAAGGCUUCGCCAUGCCGCACAGCAUCAUGCGAGUAGAUGUAGCCGGCAGAGAUGUCACCCGGUAUCUUAGGCUUCUUCUCCGCAAAGAAGGCGUAAACCUCCGUACCUCAGCUGAGUUGGAAAUAGUUAAAGCUAUCAAGGAGAGAGCUUGCUACCUCUCACCUAACCCUCUGAAAGAGGAGACUUUGGAGACUGAGCGAGCUCAUUAUACAUUACCUGAUGGCACUGGCUUGGAGAUUGGUCCAGCCAGGUUCCGUGCACCAGAAGUCUUGUUCAGACCUGAUCUCAUUGGAGAGGAGUGCGAAGGUCUCCACGAAGUCCUAAUGUUCGCCAUCCAGAAGUCAGACAUGGAUCUUCGCAAGGUGCUCUAUCAGAACAUAGUACUGAGCGGUGGUAGUACCCUGUUCCGCGGCUUCGGAGACCGCCUGCUCGCUGAGAUACGUAGGCUGGCUCCUAAGGAUAUGAAGAUCAGGAUCUCAGCACCCCAAGAGCGACUCUACUCCACAUGGAUAGGGGGUUCGAUUCUCGCGUCACUCGAUACAUUCCGCAAGAUGUGGGUCUCUAAGCGAGAAUAUGACGAGGAGGGCCACAGGGCCGUGCAUCGCAAGACAUUCUAAAUUAAACAUAACUAUAAAAACAAGUCAUUUUUGAAAAAAUGUGGAGAGAAAAUGCAAUUUUUAUGGCAAUUUUUAAGGUUACUG